AUGAGCACAAGGGGUGUCCAAUUAGGCUUGGCCGAGACGCAGUCUCACCUUCUUCAGCUGUGUUGGCAUGGACUCGGGAUAGAUGCCGAUCUCAAGACUGUCGGCAGCCUAAAAGCAGUGCACCUCCGCCGCUUGAUUCUGCAGCAGUUCAGGUUUGACCCCUGCCACUCUCCGAGUCCCAACUCUGUGUUUGAAAUGGGCACUUUCUCGCAGCUAGCCCUCUUUAUCUGCGCGCUGCAGGGCGGAGAUAGGCUAUCGACGGCCGAAGACAGUACCUUACUGAUGAACAACUUGGUCAAGAAAUACUCCUCAUUUCGGAAACACUUGCCUUUCCCGGAAACUCCACGGAGGACAAGGAGCGUUCUGUUGACAGGAGCUACUGGCUCAAUGGGCGCACACGUGUUGUUCGAAUUGCUGAACGAUGACUCGGUGUCGACGGUUUACUGUCUCACACGGAGGGCAUCUCCGUCAAAGGCGGUGCGCGGCAGCCUGUUCGAAAGGGGUCUGUUGCUUUCGCCAAAACAGACAUCAAAGGUUGUGGCACUAAAUGGUGCACUGGACCGCCCUGACUUUUGUCUGGACCCAGUGGGGAAGACCUCUAAACGUAUGCUAGAGUCCGUGUCUCUCGUCAUCCAUACUGCAUGGCCAGUCAACUUCAACCUUCCCCUCGCUCGAUUCGAGCCACACCUCCGAACUCUAUACAACCUCAUCCUGUUUUCACUUUCGGUCCGAAGACUUAAACCUGCGGUUAUGUUCUUUUGCUCUUCCACCGCUACGGCGCUGGGUGCCUCGUCGGCCACGAUCGAAGAGGAAGCUGUCGAUCUUAACAGCGCGCUGAUAGGCUACGGUCAGUCUAAGCUGGUGGGAGAAAGGAUGGUCGGCCUUGCACGUCAGUCAGGUGCCAGGACAUAUUUGACACCG